GGUAUAUGGAGUCCUCAGAAAAUUCCUAAUCCUGACUAUUUUGAAGAUGCUCAUCCUUUUCAGAUGACUACUGUUGAUGCUAUGGGUUUAGAACUCUGGUCUAUGACAUCUAAUAUUUACUUUGAUAACUUCAUAAUAUGUUCAGACAAAGAAGUUGCUGAUCGAUGGGCAGCAGAUGGCUGGGGCUUUAAAAAAUUGAUUGCAAGUGCCAACGAACCUGGUAUGUUCAGCCAGUUGGUAACUGCUGCAGAAGAGCGCCCGUGGCUUUGGAUUAUUUAUAUCUUAACGCUGGCACUACCUAUAGGAAUGGGCAUAUUGUUCUGCUGGCCAUCCAAGAAAAUGGAUGAAGAUAUAGACUACAAAAAAACUGAUUUAGCUAAGCCAAUUACAAAAGGAGAACUAGAACAAGAAAUAUCAGAAAAGGAUGAAAUAAAAAAAAUCAGUGAAAAUAUUGGUGAAGGAGGUGGUGAAGAUGAUGAUUAUGAAGAAGAAAAUGACACUGCUGAAAGAAGUCAAGAGGAAGAGGAUAAUAAAUCUCACUCAGAAGAGGAUGAGAUGAGAGAAGCAGAUGAAAGCACUGGGUCUGUUGAUGGACCUGCAAAAUCAGUACGUAAACGAAGAGUUCGAAAAGACUAA